AUGAUUCCCCCCAACUACUCCGAUAUCUGCAAGCCCGUCAACGACCUGUUCAGCAAGGACUACCCAUUCGGUGCCGUCAAGCUCGAGGUCAAGACCACCACCGCCAACGGCGUUUCGUUCACCGUCAACGGUGCCCAGGACAUCAAGUCGGGAGCCAUCAUUAGCGAGCUCAAGACCAAGUACGCCGACAAGGUCAACGGUCUGACUUACACCGAGUCGUGGAACACCGCCAACCUGAUCACCGGUCAGGUCGAGGUCGCCAACAAGUUCGCCAAGGGCCUGAAGAUUGAGCUUUUCGGUUCGUCCGCCCUCAACUCCAACAAGCGCGCCCUCCGCUCCAAGAUCAACUACCAGCAGGAGAACAUCUUUGCCCGCGUUAACGUCGAUGCCCUGAACCCCGCCGUCACCGCCGAUGUCACCGUCAGCCGCGAGGGCGCCCUUGUCGGUGCUGAGCUCGCCUACGACGUCAACAGCGGCGCCGUGACCAAGACCAACUCGACUCUUGGCUACGCUGGCCCCGACUACCUGCUCACCCUGCAGGGCAACAACUCGCUCAACCUGUUCCAGGUCGCCUUCUACCAGCGCGUCACCAAGAACGUCGAGGCCGGUGCCCGCGCCGUCUACGACUACAAGAACCCCGAGGGCGGUGUCUCUGCCGAGAUCGCCAGCAAGUACAUCCUCGACAAGGAUGCCUACGUUAAGGCAAAGGUCGACAACGCCGGCCGCCUGGGUCUGUCGUUCACCCAGCUCCUGCGCCCUGGCGUCAAGCUUUCCCUGGCUGGUCUCUUUGAUACUGCUCGUCUUCAGGAGAACACGCACAAGCUCGGUGCUGCUCUGACCUUCGAGGCUUAA